AUGGAGGCGGCGGCGGCGUUGGAAUCCUGGCAGGAGGCGUCUCGUCGGAGAAGGCGCUCGGCGGCGACGCGUCCGCGGCGUAGGGAGGCGGCGGCGGCGGCGGCCCGUGCCCCGGGAGCCCAGCCCGAGGUGGACGGCGGAGUCGUGCUUCGUCGCAUCCAGGAAGCCAGGGAGGACCUGCUUAUCUCUGAUUUCUGGAGUUCAGCACUAGAAACCAUCAACAGGUGUCUUAGGAAAUAUCUGGAACAGCUGAAGGCCCCUGUGGGGCCUCUUUCAGAAGCCCUUGGAAACGUGCAUCUCGACUCAUCACCAGGUGAGUCAGAUGUGGCCCCCGGCUCCGUCCCAGAAGAGACCCCAGUCACAGGAUCCUGCCGUUUGAAGUGUGUGUGUUACGGCGUUGGGAACUUCGCCACCUGCGUCAUAGCUAGAAACCAGCUCGCGUUUUUGCUUCUCUUUCUGGAAAAGUGCCAGAUCCCCAGAAGUCACUGCUGGGUGUAUGACCCUCUGUUUAGCCAGCUGGAAAUUGCGGUUCUUAGCACCCUUGGUGUGGCUGUUCUCCGUGAGAACGAGGAAGGAAAACGGAGUGUGCACGGCGAGCCCACCGUCUUUUACAUGCUCCACUGUGGGACGGCGCUCUACAACAACCUUCUAUGGAGGAACUGGUCCAUAGACGCCCUUUCCAAGAUGGUCAUCAUGGGGAACAGUUUCAGGGGACUCGAGGAAAGGUUAUUGACAAGGAUUCUGCAUAAACAUUAUCCAUAUGUUGCAAAGAUUUUGAAAGGACGGGAGGAGCUGGCGUUCCCUCAGACCUCACGGUACACGGAUGUAUUUAAUGAUACCUCCAUCCACUGGUUUCCUGUACAAAAGCUAACCCAACUCUCCACGGACACUUGGGCCUUUCGGGAAGAACCAGAUUACCAGGACUGUGAGGGUCUCGAGAUCAUCAGGAACAAGACAGAAGAUCCUUCAGCCGCUGACUUGAACCCGCUGUGAUG